AGUACACGAAGAGCCAUGGUGAUAUCAAUCCACUCUCUAUUACCCCAUUGGGGCCGUAUCCAGAUGUCGAAGAAGGCUAUGAGAGUAACUGGAGUACGCUGAAGCCAGGCAAGGUAGCGCAUCCGCGCGUAGUAGAGGCGGAGAGUAAAUUGUAAGCCAUCGCACGAUCGCUUGUGAUGAAGACAGAUAUGCGAAUAAGAAGCAAGAAUCAUUCCUUUAUAUGCUGAAAGCGACUGUGUUACAAUCAAAGCAAAACCAAUGGUGAGAGACAUUGUCAGUGGAUGUAAUGCAGACCUCGGAAUGAGGGCUGCCGGCGAUAAAAAUCAUGCGUACAAAGUGUAUGUUCAUUUCGAUCAAGCUUGUACAUGGACUGACAUCAAUGUGCUCAUGAGCGGUGGGGUACAGCAGAGAUUACGGGAACGGUAUGUUCAUUGUCUAGAGACUAUGAUACAGACUAGUAAGCUAUUCGGUAACCAACAUGUGUGUAAUGUUGCCUGCCAAUUAUCUAAUCAUUUACCGCCCCGAAGGAAUCCAUUCACCAGUAUUGUGGACAGUAGAACAGUUUGCAGUUCAUCCGUGGCCGUUUCUACCUGUCUUGACUUCGAAGACCGCCAGUAUGGCUUAGUACAGUACCAAAUACAGUCCAUCUCGAUUCGAUAUCUCGAGUUUCUAGAAGAGUGGGGUGAUGUGAUGUUGUGUGAUACGAAUGUGAUUUUGUUGGUUUCGAUUAGGCAAAUCGAAGUGAGGGCGAGGGGUCGUGAUCGGUGGCGAGUGGGCGGAAAUGACAGGAUAUACAGGGCUCCGGGGCUAUGCUGGGGGGUGUUCUAAAUAUGAUGCUAAGAACGCCUGGGGACAAGUAGGGAAUAAUGCGCCCCAUAGCCGGUUUGUCGAUAUGAGAUCGGUGGAGAUGUCGGUCGAGUAUCCAAGAACGUAGGGGGUGGUACGAAAAGACCCUGGUAACAAGGUCCGGAGCUUCUAGCAGCCGCUCAUGGUC